GCACUUCUCCAGAUUUGCGCGAUUUGCGCAGAGUCUUCACGCAUACUGCGUACAGCUCGUAUUCUCACAGUGGGGCUCUGAGGUGCAUUGUGUUGGUGAAUAGCGCUGAAGAUUUAGCGCUAGCACCGUGUGGCUGCUGUCGUUGGUCUUGCGUGGAGAACUUUUCAAAGAAAUCAACAGUGGUCAGCCCUGAACAAGUCAUCACUUCUCAUGCGGAAUGUAGUGGUUCCCGCUCCAAAACAGUCUUUUUUGUGUGAAUUAGCCUGAAUACUGGAGUGAAGCGACAUGGCUACAUUCCCAUUUAGGGGCUUACCUGCGGGAAUGCCUCCCGGGGUGCCCCCUCCUGCACCGGUACCAGAGUACAUGACCGAAGAAAAACUACAAGAAAAAGCACGAAAAUGGCAGCAGCUGCAGGCAAAACGUUACGCAGAAAAGAGAAAGUUUGGCUUUGUUGACGCUCAAAAGGAAGAUAUGCCCCCUGAGCACGUGCGCAAGAUCAUCAGGGACCAUGGAGACAUGACCAAUCGAAAGUUUCGUCAUGAUAAAAGAGUUUAUCUUGGGGCAUUAAAAUACAUGCCCCAUGCAGUGCUGAAGUUGUUAGAAAACAUGCCAAUGCCAUGGGAGCAGAUUAGAGAUGUGCCAGUUCUGUAUCACAUUACUGGUGCCAUCUCUUUUGUCAAUGAAAUUCCUUGGGUCAUUGAACCUGUCUACAUUGCUCAAUGGGGUACAAUGUGGAUUAUGAUGCGCCGUGAAAAGCGAGACAGGCGCCAUUUCAAAAGAAUGCGCUUUCCACCUUUUGAUGAUGAAGAACCCCCACUGGAUUAUGCUGACAAUAUUCUAGAUGUUGAGCCUCUAGAGGCUAUUCAGAUGGAGUUGGAUCCUGAAGAAGAUUCUUCAGUUGUGGAGUGGUUCUAUGAGCACCAACCUCUCAAAGAUACUACAAAGUUUGUGAAUGGCACAACAUACCGUCGCUGGCAGUUCACACUCCCCAUGAUGUCCACUUUGUACCGUUUGGCUAACCAGCUUCUUACGGAUCUUGUAGACCUCAAUUACUUUUACCUCUUUGAUCUAAAGGCCUUCUUCACCUCAAAAGCCUUGAACAUGGCUAUCCCCGGAGGACCCAAGUUUGAGCCCCUAGUUCGAGACAUAAAUCUCCAAGAUGAGGACUGGAAUGAAUUUAAUGACAUCAAUAAGAUCAUCAUUCGUCAGCCAAUCAGAACGGAAUACAAAAUUGCCUUUCCCUACCUGUACAACAAUCUUCCGCACCAUGUUCAUCUCACUUGGUAUCAUACACCCAAUGUGGUGUUUAUCAAGACUGAGGACCCUGAUCUUCCUGCUUUCUACUUUGAUCCACUGAUCAAUCCGAUUUCUCACAGACAUUCUAUCAAAAUUCAAGAACCACUGCCUGAUGAUGAUGAGGAGUUUGAGCUUCCAGAGUUUGUAGAACCUUUCCUCAAAGAAACCCCUCUCUAUACAGACAAUACAGCCAAUGGCAUUGCUUUGCUUUGGGCACCAAGACCCUUCAACCUAAGGUCCGGCCGCACUAGGCGCGCGAUUGACAUCCCCUUGAUCAAAAACUGGUAUCGGGAGCACUGCCCCGCUGGACAACCUGUGAAAGUGCGUGUGUCCUAUCAGAAACUCCUGAAGUACUAUGUGCUCAAUGCUUUGAAACACAGACCUCCCAAAGCGCAAAAAAAGAGGUAUCUGUUCCGGUCAUUUAAGGCCACAAAGUUCUUUCAGUCGACCAAACUAGACUGGGUGGAGGUUGGGCUUCAGGUGUGCCGACAAGGCUAUAACAUGCUCAACCUUCUUAUCCAUCGUAAAAACUUGAACUACCUACAUCUUGACUACAAUUUCAACUUGAAGCCUGUGAAGACACUCACCACAAAGGAGCGCAAGAAGUCAAGAUUUGGUAAUGCUUUCCACCUUUGCCGAGAAGUUUUGCGUCUGAGCAAACUGGUGGUUGACAGUCAUGUGCAGUAUCGCCUGGGCAAUGUUGAUGCUUUCCAGUUGGCUGAUGGGCUACAGUACAUCUUUGCUCACGUGGGUCAGCUGACUGGUAUGUACCGUUACAAGUACAAGCUGAUGAGACAAAUCCGCAUGUGUAAGGACCUAAAGCAUCUGAUCUACUACCGGUUCAACACUGGGCCAGUAGGGAAGGGUCCAGGUUGUGGAUUCUGGGCUCCUGGCUGGAGAGUAUGGCUGUUCUUCAUGCGUGGAAUAACUCCGCUGUUGGAAAGAUGGCUUGGAAAUCUACUAGCCAGACAGUUUGAAGGCCGUCACUCCAAGGGUGUAGCCAAGACUGUUACUAAGCAGCGUGUGGAGUCUCACUUUGACCUGGAGCUGCGUGCGGCUGUGAUGCACGACAUCUUGGACAUGAUGCCGGAGGGUAUCAAGCAGAACAAGGCCAGAACCAUUUUACAGCAUUUGAGCGAAUCUUGGAGGUGCUGGAAAGCCAACAUCCCAUGGAAGGUCCCAGGUCUGCCUACUCCAAUUGAGAACAUGAUCUUGAGAUAUGUGAAAGCCAAAGCUGACUGGUGGACCAACACAGCCCACUACAACCGUGAGCGAAUUCGCAGAGGAGCUACUGUCGACAAAACUGUGUGCAAGAAAAAUCUGGGUCGACUGACCCGUCUUUACCUCAAAGCAGAGCAGGAAAGACAGCACAACUAUCUGAAGGAUGGUCCCUACAUCACAGCAGAAGAAGCUGUGGCCAUCUACACCACCACUGUCCACUGGCUUGAAAGUAGGCGUUUCUCACCCAUCCCUUUCCCUCCACUGUCAUAUAAACAUGACACAAAACUGCUUAUUCUGGCCCUGGAAAGACUCAAGGAAGCCUACAGCGUGAAGUCUCGUCUUAACCAGAGUCAGAGAGAGGAGCUGGGGUUGAUUGAGCAGGCUUACGACAAUCCACAUGAAGCGCUGUCUAGGAUCAAACGUCACCUGCUUACUCAGAGAGCCUUCAAAGAGGUGGGCAUCGAGUUCAUGGACCUGUACAGUCACUUGGUGCCUGUGUAUGAUGUGGAACCCCUAGAAAAGAUCACAGAUGCCUAUCUGGACCAGUAUCUCUGGUAUGAGGCAGAUAAGAGACGACUGUUCCCACCAUGGAUCAAACCUGCAGACACUGAGCCACCUCCCCUGCUGGUGUACAAGUGGUGUCAAGGCAUCAACAAUUUGCAGGAUGUAUGGGAGACCGCUGAGGGAGAAUGCAAUGUAAUGCUGGAGUCUCGCUAUGAAAAAAUGUAUGAGAAGAUUGAUCUGACAUUGCUCAACAGACUGUUGCGUCUCAUUGUUGACCAUAACAUUGCUGACUACAUGACUGCAAAGAACAACGUGGUUAUCAACUACAAGGACAUGAACCAUACCAAUUCAUAUGGUAUAAUUAGAGGACUUCAGUUCGCCUCAUUCAUUGUCCAAUAUUAUGGUUUGGUCAUGGAUCUGCUUGUCCUGGGUUUGCAUCGUGCCAGUGAGAUGGCUGGACCUCCUCAAAUGCCAAAUGACUUUUUAAGUUUCCAAGACACAGCCACUGAAAGUGCUCACCCAAUCCGACUCUACUGUCGUUACAUUGACCGCAUUCACAUCUUCUUCAGGUUUACAGCUGAUGAGGCCAGAGAUCUCAUCCAGAGAUACCUAACGGAGCACCCAGACCCAAAUAAUGAGAACAUUGUUGGUUACAACAACAAAAAAUGUUGGCCGCGAGAUGCUCGGAUGCGUUUGAUGAAGCACGAUGUCAACCUCGGACGAGCAGUCUUUUGGGAUAUCAAGAAUCGUCUCCCCAGGUCAGUGACUACUGUCCAGUGGGAGAACAGCUUUGUAUCAGUCUACAGCAAGGACAAUCCUAAUCUGCUCUUCAACAUGUGUGGCUUUGAGUGCCGCAUCCUACCCAAGUGUCGGACCAGCUAUGAGGAAUUUACUCACAAGGAUGGUGUCUGGAACCUGCAGAAUGAGGUGACCAAAGAAAGAACAGCGCAGUGUUUCCUGAGAGUGGAUGAUGAGUCCAUGCAGCGCUUCCACAACAGAGUCCGUCAGAUUUUGAUGGCAUCUGGCUCCACUACAUUCACCAAGAUUGUUAACAAAUGGAACACGGCUCUGAUUGGCCUGAUGACGUAUUUCCGUGAAGCGGUUGUAAACACACAGGAGCUCUUGGACCUUCUGGUGAAGUGUGAAAACAAGAUCCAGACACGUAUCAAGAUCGGUCUGAACUCAAAAAUGCCAAGCCGCUUCCCCCCAGUUGUCUUUUACACACCUAAAGAACUGGGUGGCCUUGGUAUGUUGUCUAUGGGCCAUGUUCUAAUUCCACAGUCUGAUCUACGGUGGUCUAAGCAAACAGAUGUUGGAAUCACCCAUUUUAGGUCAGGAAUGAGCCAUGAAGAGGACCAGCUUAUUCCUAACUUGUAUCGUUACAUCCAGCCAUGGGAGAGCGAGUUCAUUGACUCUCAGAGAGUGUGGGCUGAGUAUGCUCUAAAGAGACAGGAGGCUAUUGCACAGAAUCGCCGACUUACACUGGAGGAUCUGGAGGACUCCUGGGACAGAGGAAUCCCACGUAUCAACACUCUGUUCCAGAAGGAUAGACAUACAUUGGCUUAUGACAAGGGCUGGAGAGUCAGGACAGAUUUCAAGCAGUAUCAGGUGCUGAAGCAGAAUCCAUUCUGGUGGACUCAUCAGAGACAUGACGGAAAACUGUGGAACCUCAACAACUACCGCACUGACAUGAUUCAGGCUCUGGGUGGAGUCGAAGGCAUCCUGGAACACACACUGUUUAAAGGCACUUACUUUCCCACGUGGGAAGGUCUCUUCUGGGAGAAGGCCAGUGGUUUUGAGGAGUCAAUGAAAUGGAAGAAGCUAACUAAUGCUCAGAGGUCUGGUCUCAAUCAAAUCCCCAAUCGUCGAUUCACACUUUGGUGGUCUCCGACCAUUAACAGAGCCAAUGUGUAUGUCGGUUUCCAAGUGCAACUUGACCUGACGGGAAUCUUCAUGCAUGGAAAGAUUCCAACACUGAAGAUCUCCCUUAUUCAGAUUUUCAGAGCUCACUUGUGGCAGAAAAUCCAUGAAAGCAUUGUUAUGGAUCUUUGUCAGGUGUUUGACCAAGAGCUUGAUGCUCUUGAGAUUGAGACUGUGCAGAAGGAGACCAUCCAUCCCAGAAAGUCAUACAAGAUGAAUUCAUCUUGCGCAGACAUCCUCCUCUUUGCAUCUUACAAGUGGAAUGUUUCACGACCAUCCCUGCUGGCAGACUCAAAAGACGUUAUGGACAGCACCACUACACAAAAGUACUGGAUUGACAUUCAAUUGCGCUGGGGUGACUAUGACUCGCAUGACAUUGAGCGCUAUGCCAGGGCCAAAUUUCUGGACUACACAACAGACAACAUGAGUAUCUACCCAUCCCCCACUGGUGUGCUCAUAGCCAUUGACCUUGCUUACAAUCUUCACAGUGCCUAUGGAAACUGGUUCCCUGGAAGCAAGCCUCUGAUCCAGCAAGCCAUGGCCAAAAUCAUGAAGGCCAACCCUGCUCUAUAUGUGCUAAGAGAGCGAAUUCGCAAAGGCCUGCAGCUCUACUCUUCUGAGCCCACUGAGCCUUAUCUGUCCUCCCAAAACUAUGGUGAACUCUUCUCCAACCAGAUCAUCUGGUUUGUAGAUGACACAAAUGUGUAUCGGGUCACCAUCCACAAGACCUUUGAAGGUAACUUGACAACGAAGCCCAUCAAUGGAGCCAUUUUCAUCUUCAACCCCAGAACUGGCCAACUCUUCCUUAAGAUCAUUCACACUUCUGUGUGGGCUGGUCAGAAACGUCUAGGCCAGCUUGCGAAGUGGAAGACCGCUGAAGAAGUAGCUGCCUUGAUUCGUUCCCUUCCUGUUGAGGAGCAGCCAAAACAGAUCAUUGUCACAAGGAAAGGAAUGCUUGACCCUCUAGAGGUGCACCUUUUGGACUUCCCCAAUAUUGUGAUCAAAGGCUCUGAGCUGCAGCUUCCUUUUCAAGCUUGUCUAAAGGUAGAGAAGUUUGGAGACCUGAUCCUCAAGGCCACAGAACCCCAGAUGGUGCUCUUUAAUCUCUAUGAUGACUGGCUGAAGACCAUUUCAUCAUACACAGCAUUCUCCAGACUCAUCCUGAUCCUCAGAGCACUUCAUGUCAACAAUGACCGUGCCAAGGUCAUUCUCAAACCAGACAAAACCACAAUCACAGAGCCCCAUCACAUCUGGCCUACUCUCUCUGAUGAGGAGUGGAUUAAAGUGGAGGUUCAACUCAAGGAUCUCAUUUUAGCAGACUAUGGCAAAAAGAACAAUGUGAAUGUGGCGUCACUUACACAGUCGGAGAUCCGGGACAUUAUUCUGGGUAUGGAGAUCUCUGCGCCCUCACAACAGCGACAGCAAAUUGCUGAGAUUGAGAAGCAGACGAAGGAGCAGUCGCAGCUGACGGCUACACAAACCCGUACAGUUAACAAACAUGGUGAUGAGAUCAUCACAUCAACCACCUCCAACUAUGAAACCCAGACUUUCUCAUCAAAGACUGAGUGGAGAGUCAGGGCUAUAUCUGCUGCAAAUCUCCACCUGCGUACAAACCAUAUCUAUGUGUCCUCUGAUGACAUCAAGGAGACGGGCUACACAUACAUCCUGCCCAAAAAUGUCCUCAAAAAGUUCAUCUGCAUUUCAGAUCUUCGAGCACAGAUUGCAGGGUACUUGUAUGGCACAAGUCCACCAGACAACCCUCAAGUUAAAGAGAUCCGCUGUAUUGUGAUGGUGCCACAGUGGGGAACACAUCAGACCGUUCACCUGCCCAACCAGCUGCCUGGCCAUGAAUACUUAAAGGAAAUGGAGCCCUUAGGUUGGAUCCACACACAGCCAAAUGAGUCUCCUCAGCUGUCCCCACAGGAUGUCACCACUCAUGCUAAGAUCAUGGCAGACAACCCUUCUUGGGAUGGAGAGAAGACCAUCAUCAUCACCUGCAGCUUUACUCCAGGCUCUUGCACUCUGACAGCUUAUAAGCUGACACCAAGUGGCUAUGAAUGGGGUCGUCAGAAUACUGACAAGGGUAACAAUCCUAAAGGCUACCUACCAUCCCACUAUGAGAGAGUGCAGAUGCUGCUCUCCGAUCGCUUUCUGGGCUUUUUCAUGGUGCCUGGCCAGGUGUCCUGGAACUACAACUUCAUGGGUGUACGCCAUGACCCCAACAUGAAAUAUGAUCUGCAACUUGCCAACCCCAAAGAGUUUUACCAUGAAGUCCACAGACCCUCACACUUCUUAAACUUUGCCUCACUGCAGGAGGGUGAGAUCUACAAUGCAGACCGUGAAGACAUGUAUGCUUAAGUUUGCAAUGUUCAAGAGAUUUAACAAUGUAUAUAACUUUCUUAAACAUGAGUCAUCAGUUAAAUAACUGUUUAACUGUAAUUUUUAAAGUGAAGGUUUAAAAUACCUUUUAGAAAUGUUUAUGGCUGUUUCAUUCCGGUUUUUGUAAGAGUAUUGCAUAAAUAUGCAGAAUUUGUGGCAUUGGGCAUGUAGCCUAUAAGGUAUAUUCUGUGUAGGUUUCUGUACACAGGUAAUGGUGUAUUCAUAUUUUCAAAACGUGCUGGGCUGUUCCAACCAGAAGAUUACAUUGAAAAUGUUCUGUUACUUUGGUGUACUAGUUAUCUUGCAUUGUAACCUGGAUUUAAAUAAAGACCUAAUUUGCCUA